AUGUCGGCUUCAGUUGUAUCGGUAAUUUCUCGGUUUCUUGAAGAAUACUCCACUACGACUUCCAAUAAGUUAAAAGUGGUAGAUGCAUAUUUGUUGUACAUCAUGCUGACGGGAGCGCUGCAGUUUCUUUACUGUCUGCUCGUUGGAACGUUCCCUUUCAACAGCUUUCUUUCUGGCUUUAUCUCUUGUGUCGGCUCUUUCAUUCUAGCAGUGUGUCUUCGUAUCCAGAUCAAUCCACAGAACAAAGGAGACUUCCUGUCAAUCUCACCAGAGAGAGCCUUUGCUGACUUUCUGUUCGCUCACACCGUCCUGCAUCUAGUUGUCAUGAACUUCAUUGGUUGA